AUGCCUAUAAUUAUAAGCAUGGAAUAUCUAAUUGAUUUAAAUAGAGGAUCUCUAAGAACAAUUUUUCAGAUCCACAGUAGCGAGAAGCAAACUAUUUCUUAUAAUGAAUUUAUCAAGUUCUGUACUAUAGUGAGGAUCUAUCCAGAUAUGCUUUCUUCAUUCGAACUAAAAAGACUCGUAAUGAAAACUGCUAAUUCCCACACUUACAUUGACAGAAAAGUAGAGCUCGGUUACCUUCAAUUUGAAAAGUUAUUAGUUCUGAUAGCUGAGCAUUGCUUUGAUGGGAUCCAAACAAAUGAAAAACUAGGUCUUAUGUUCAUGCAUAUAAAGAACCCAUGUAAGCAAAACUAUCAAGUUGAAAUUUUUACAAGCCCUGAUAACUAUUACCCAAAAGAAGACUUCUCUCCAAUCACAAUUCAAGCUCUUAGUCACUCAAUUGAAAGGCCAGGGAUCAAAACUACAUCCUUUAUUAAAUCUAAUGGCCAUCUUGGUGAAUCAACCCAUGAGCAUAUCAAUGAAUCUUCAAUAAAACGAGUCAUUAACAAAUCAGCAUCACUAAAAAUUCCAUUUAGCAGCAUGGGUGCUUUUAAAAAUCAAAGCAUUUUGAGUCCAAAAUUCAUUCAACCGACGCCAAAAAAUAUAAAUAAGAAAGUCAAACAACUUUAUGCGUUAAUUUCUCCACGGAACAGUUCAUCAAGAAACAUUUCAUCUAUUUCUCCUAAAAACAAGAAUGAGAGCAGCAUUUCCAUUGACCACUCAGUCAUGUCAAAUAAAUCAAAAUCUAUAGUAGAUUUAUCGAAACUUCCAAGUAAUCUGCACAUCAGCCCAGAAGCAAAUUCCAUACAAAAAUCGAAUGACAAAGAUAAAUUGGAUCAGUUAAAGAGCGUCUUUUUAAACUUUAAGUCGAAUUUCGAAGAGAAAAAAGCGAUAAAAAGACCCUGCAUAGGAGCUCAAAUGCAAACUUUCAUAAAAAAUAUCCACAAAAGGAGGUAUGAGUCUGUAAGAUUUAUAUAGAAAAUUGUUUUGAAAUUUGCUUUUGAAAACUGGAAACUGAAAGCAAUGCUAAAAGGUUAA